GAGUGUCAUGAGUUGCACUGUAAACUCAUCGCGUCCGGGUCCUCUCAGAUAGUCAUGGUGGGGCCCGCACCUCCAGCCCAGUCUUUUCCUGGGAUAUGUACGUGACGGGUAUCGACGCUUCUACGCAGGGCGAAAGAAGUUUACGGUGCGAAAAGCGACCAUCAUAAUAAGCUGCGGAGAGUGUUAAAAGAAUAAGCGAAAUCCUACUAAGGAAUUCCGAGUGUUUGUGUAGAUGUGACGUCACUCUAGACAGCCAAGUGCGAGUGCGUGACGUCAUCAAAGAGGAAAAUCCACAGGUGAGUGGCGGUUCAGCCAAACCUGCCCAAGGAAGAAGGGUUCAGUGAUGCGUUGGCAGUUCUCGGUGCAGGAGAGUACCCAUUGUCUCUGAAGUGAUGUCAUGAUACUCUGACAUAACAUGCGGUUAGCCAGUGCACUGUAUGACAAGUUUCGUGGUGUUGAGUACAUGUCUUAAAACAGUAAUCCAACACACACUGAUCGCAUGUGGAGUAUGAAAGGUCUCGUCCGAGUGCCUUUUCAAAUAACAUGAAAAGAAAAGAAAACCAAUACAAGAAAGCGGUUCCAUUUCCAAUGUAGAGGAUUUUACCCAAGCACUUCGUAAAAUCUCAAGUCAAAUCAUGAUGGAACAGAACCGCCUUAACCUCCGUUGGAAUAAUCACAACUUGACCUUCGUUAGCAAAUUGGACCAGUUCAGAUUACAGGAACUUUAUUGCGAUGCAACCAUAGCGUGUGAUGGCCAGAUAUAUCCCGUGCAUAGAGUGGUAUUAUCAGCAUGCAGUGAAUUCUUUGCUUCAAUAUUUGCUAGUACAAGAUGCCACAACCCUGUCGUGGUACUACAAGAUGUUGGAAAGACCCAACUAGAAAGCCUACUAAUCUACAUGUAUCAAGGAGAAGUGCGAGUGCUACAGGAAGAUCUGCCUACUUUCAUCAAGGUUGCAGAGUCCUUACAUGUAAAAGGCCUUGCUGUUCCCACCUCUGAAAUCCACCAUGAGCAUCAAGCAGAGAGAGUGUGCCACAACAGUUAUUAUAGCCCUUCAGAAGAAAUUCAGCACGGCGAUAAUGGUUCAUGCCCACCUCUUCCAAAAGUCCAGCAGAUGCCCUACAUACCUGAGGUAUUAAGUUCAAGUUCUCCAUCCCACAGAAUGAUUCAAAACUUUCCACAAGAUGAAAGAUCCAUGUUUCACCAGGGAAGAGCUGGAGAAAUCAAUCUGAAAAGAAAAUCACAUGAGAUGGAUUAUGUAAGGCAAAAUGACAAUGAUUUUCAAAGACGUCCGCAAAUAAUUGAGCAUGUCCAUCACUUGCAUCAAAAUGAGGCGCCUGUCAAAAUUCUGCAUAAGAUGGAACACAUUCAGCACUUAAAGAAAGAUAAUAUUCAGAUAGGCCCUCCAAGAGACACUGGACACCAGAUGCAAUCCCUUGGUACAAGUGAUCACAAUGCCAGAGUCAGGCUCCCAGAGCACAGCCCUCUAAAAUCUCCCUCAGAGGAAAAAAUCUUCAGAUCUAGCUCUGAUGGCAAAUUCAGUGUUAGAUCAAAUGCUUCAAAUGAGUUGGAAAAAAGAAAUGAUCUAACAAAGGAGAAUUCUUGUAGAUCUGAUGGAAUUCAGGAUGCAGGAACCGCUUUAAGUAAUGGAUAUAUUACUGGAAACAUCGGUUCAAGUGACCACAUACCAAGAUCACAUGUGCCUGUUGAACAUACGAACAAAAAAGUUUGUGAUUCUUCAAAGGAUGAUUCCACAGAAUACUCUUCUUUGCAGUACAACAGUUUCCAUGUUUCAAGUACAAAUGGAACUUUUCAAAAUUUGGUUGCAUCUGAAGAAAACACAAUUAAGAAUGAACCCGAAGACUCCCUGGCAGACGAUUAUGAAAAUGCUUCACUUAGUAUAUCUGAAGACUUUGAUGACGCAAAAGAUGAUGAAAGUGAUUCCUUCACACUCAAGAUAGCAGAGGAAGCAAGUCCAUGUGAUGAGAGUUCAAAUCCUGAAAAAUACAAAGACAGUAAUCAAGAAGCUGAACAGAGUGUGGCCGACUCCGUGCCUAGUGAACCUUUAUCAGCCACUGAACCCCACAUCACAAGACCCACAGGGAUGCCAGCUUCACAAUUGAGGAGGGAGUUGCUUCGACCAAUCCAUCACAAGACUGGUCCGAAGCACAUUCCUCAAUCAGUGCCACAGUCUAUUCCACACCCUGUCAUUGCUCCUAGAGACCCAGAGAGACAUUUAAGAGAACCACCUCCCUUAAUGAAAAUAGAUCCAAAGAUACCUUUGCUGAUUAAUGAAGUUGAGAGUGAGAGACCACCAAAAUACAGCAGAAAGGAUUCCCAAGAGGAUGGUCAUAGCAGCCAUUUGUUGGUGAAGGCCCCGCCUACAUACCACUCCCACACUUCACCGAUUCACUUCAGUUUACAUGUACAUAAUCAGCACUUAGGUUCUGUUAUGGUGAAUGGUGGAGCUCCUAUUUCGGAGAUUCCAUCAAAUUCACAAAAUGAUAGACUUACUGUGUCUGUAAAUGAUGGGCCUCUUAACCUCAGUGGUCAGAAAAGCUCCCCAGAAAUGGUUGAUGAAAAGGAUAAUCAGACUGACCCUUUCUUAGGCAAGAUAAUAACAAACAGAAAAAAGCGACUGCGAGGACCCAAAUCAUGGGAGUUCCUCGUACGCCUUCUCAAAGAUCCAACAACUAAUCCAUUCCUAAUUCGUUGGGAAAAUGAGGAAUCUGGUGUCUUCCGCUUAGUCCAGCCGGCAGCCAUAGCACAGCGAUGGGGACGCAGGACAGGCAAACAUGCGAGUGAGUGUCUUAGCUAUGAAAACUUUGCCAGGGGACUUCGAUACCAUUAUGCAACAGGUGCUCUUCAGCCAGUGUCAGAACGAAGCUUUGUUUACAGGUUUGGACCAAAAGCUCUGAAAACCCUUAAACAGUGUGAUUCUGCUUCUUUCCCCUAUUUAUAGGAAACAACUGCAGGAUAAUAAUAAGGGAAAACUUUGUUACACCAUUUUUCUUUAUUUGAUCUCCAAUGUUUUUACUGAUUUGAUAUUGAUGUGAGAAAUAUAUUUCUGAUGUUUGUUUAGGUAUGAGCACUUGCAAAUUUAGUUUUUUUUUAUCAAGUUGUCUCAUGGUUAAAUUAUAAGAAAUAUUAAAGGCAUUACCUUUAGACUAGAUAAUACAUAACUUUCUCUUAAUCACUAUGCUUGGAAACAUUCAUGAACUUUUAAAGUAGCUGAUGUUUUUGGUAUAUGUUUAAAUUCAGUUAUAGUUUAAUGCAGAUUUACAGUACAUCAUAUCUGAUUGUCACUUUCAGAUAUUAAAAUUAAAAUAACAACCUUCUAGGAAUAUGAAAAAUGUAAUGUAAAACAUAUACAGUGUAUAUGUGUGUGUGUGUGUGUGUGUGUGUGUGUGUGUGUGUGUGUGUGUGUGUGUGUGUGUGUGUGUGUGUGUGUGUGUGUGUGUGUAUGUAUGUGUGUGUGUGUGUGUGCGCAUAACAUCAUGCCCAUUUUGUUUCAUUGUCCAUUUCAACACUUGAAACAGACAGCAUUCAUUUAUUUUGUAUCAUACAUAUUGUAAUGCCACGGGGACAUAAUGUAUAUCUGAAUGUGUGUGACACUUCUAGUACUUAAGUGCAAUGUCAGUUUUUUUUAUUACUUUCCACAAUUCAGUUUCUUCAAAUGGUUCGUACAGUCAAGUCAUAUUUAUUAUUUUUCAUUUCACUUUCAACUCAUAGAUACAUAGAUACCUAGACAGGACACUUUUAAUUUACUGUGUAGACUAUUACAUAAUUGUUUUCAAGACCAUGAAUUCUUCCUUCCUUAUGGGUAAAACACCAUUUCAAAAGAAAUAACAUUUGUGCAAAUUAUUUAUACUGCUGUGAAUAAAACGUGGACCACUGUUAUAUGAUAGCAUUCUGAAGCUUUUCAGUUCUUGCUGUAAAGGCCAUUGUAUAUUUUUAGCGUCUGUCAAGGCAAAAAAGUAUAAUAAGCUGGACGAAAAAUUAAGCAUAAUGCCAUGAAGGGUAGCUAAUGUUGUAGUCAUUUAUUGUGAUGGAAUGAUCUAUUGUUAUGAAACAUGACCUGUGAUAUAAAAGGAUAAGAGAGUAUUAGCAUUUAUGUGUAUAGUUCUAAAUAUUUCUUGCAUUGUAAGAUUGUUGUUAUUCUUGUUAUUACAUUAUUAAUCUGAUGUGCAAUUCCAAAUAAAAUUUAUUUAGUUCAUA